AUGGGCAACGCGGCCGAGGUGGCGGCACACGAUGUGCCGACAACAGAGUCGGACAGUGUCACGAACGAGAAGGUCGGUGUGGUCAACAAGCCGUCCCACAUCGACGACGUCAACGUCGAGAGCGCCGGUUGGGAUGCGACGGCGACAAAGAUCCUCAUCAGAAAAGUCGAUCUCAGGCUCAUUCCCUUCUUGGCCCUCCUCUAUCUUCUCUCGUUCCUGGACCGCACAAACAUCGGCAAUGCUCGCCUCGACACACUGGAGAAGGAUCUCAAACUAGAGCCCGCGAGGCUCCAUUACAAUGACGCCCUCGCUGUCUUCUUUCCCUUCUACGUCGCCGCCGAGAUCCCCUCCAAUAUGGCCAUGAAGCGGUGGCGUCCGUCCAUUUGGAUUCCUAGCAUCAUGGUGGCGUGGGCGGUUUGCACCACUCUCAUGGGCAUUGUCCACAACUACGCUGGCUUGAUGGCAUGCCGCUCUGCGCUGGGUAUCGCCGAGGGUGGCUUGUUCCCCGGUAUCACCUACUACAUCACCAUGUGGUACCGGCGCCACGAGUGUGGUCUUCGCAUGGCCGUCUUCUUUUCAGCCGCGACAGCCGCUGGUGCCUUUGGCGGUCUGCUUGCCCGUGGUAUCAUGGAAAUGAGAGGCACAGCCGGGCUCGCCGGUUGGCAAUGGAUCUUCAUCCUCGAGGGUCUCUUGACCUUUGUCGUCGCCGUCAUCGCCUACUUUGUGAUGCAGGACUACCCGGCAACGGCCAAGUUCCUGACCGAGGCGGAACGCACCGAGAUCACGGCCCGCCUGAAGCGCGACCGGUCUUCGCUCGCCGACGAGUUCGACAUCAAGUACUUCUGGGCCGCCCUCAAGGACUGGAAGAUCUGGGUCCACAUGUUCAUCACCAUCGGCGUCUACACGGGCCUAUACUCGUACUCGCUUUUCCUGCCCACCAUCGUCAGGGAUCUUGGCACCGUCAGCACCCCCGAGCUGGCGCAGCUCAUGACGGUGCCCCCUUAUGUCGUGGCCUGCAUCUUCUGCGUCGGUGCCGGCUGGUACGCGGACAAGCUUGGCCAACGCGGCAUCUUUAUGAUUGGAUUCAUGGCUGUUGCCAUCAUCGGCCUUAUUAUGCUCAUGGCUAGCUCCUCGGCCGCCGUGCGCUACGUCGGCUGCUUCUUUCUCGCCACCGGCAUCUACCCCAACGUGCCGCAGGGUGUUGCGUGGAACGGCAACAACAUUGGCGGCUCGCUGAAGCGCGGUGUUGGAAUUGCCAUGCAUGUUGGAUUUGGCAACCUGGGCGGCACCAUCUCGGCCUACCUCUUCCUGGCCAAGGAUGGACCGAGGUACAUUCCCGGCUUCGCCGUGCUGCUCGCCUUCCAGUCCAUGGCCCUCGUGCUGUCUGUCAUCAUGAUGCUCUACUUGAAGAAGGAGAACGCCCGCCGUGACCGCGAGUACAAGCCGCCAAGCGAGUACACCGAGGAGGAGAGGGUUGCCGAGCGCGAGAGGGGCGACUACGCCACCUUCUUCCGCUACACUGUUUAG